AUGGGGAUUCCAAUAGCUAGGAAGAGGAACUAUAACAACAGCGCUAGCGUGAAGCUACCGGUAUAUCGUCUCUCCACGACGAGUACUGUGCUACUCCCUGGGAUCUUGUACAGGGUGACUUUUGAUCAGAUGGAUGCCUUGACGGUUAUCCAGUUCUUCCGCGGGAACGAGAAAAUCAACAAUGUGUUGCUCUCAUCAAAAUUUCUGAACGGUGUACACACCAACGAAUCCGCUUAUGAUUGGUUGUUGAUUGGACUUGUUCCGCAGGAUGGGGGCAACGUUUGUACCGUCUCUAGAAUUGUUGGAAUCGCUAACGAUCCAAAGAACUUUGUCAUCACGUUCCAAGCGCUCGCUAGAGGCGAAUUACCACUCGGUAAGGAGAUUGAAAAUGGUGCGAUGCCAGUGGAGCUUGACAUUCUUGCAUAUUCGAACAAGGUUGAACUUGGAGAAGCAUUCUUAAACGAACAGAUUGCCUCGUUCAAUGAUAGGGCGCUGCAUCUAUUCUCCAGAAUUGAUUCAUUUUUGGAAUUGUUUGUAUCUUCAGAUACUGCGCAAUCGCCUUCCAAGUCGUUUGCCCUUACAUUAUCCCCACUCGGGAAUGCAUUAAACAUCCAGUUCUCUGCCGAUUACAAGACAAGUGCACCAAAGUUGAGAUCACUCAUUGAGAGUUUCAACACUCAGAUGGCAGAUUAUAGUGAACAGAAGAGAUCAGAGAACUUUUUAAGAUUGUUGGAUCUAACAGUGGCCAUCCUCCCAAUCUCCAAAUUGACUUUUCUCUCAAAGGUUGAUCCAUUCGAGAGAGUUGAAUCAUUCUUUGUCAUUAUUGAAGAGUUUGAAAAUGUGUUCAAGGCAUUAGAUGGAUCAGUGGAUUAUGUCGAAAAGUUUUAUUCAUCGGCUUCAGAUGCUGAAAAAUCCAAAAUCAUCUCAAACCAGUUGAAGUCUAUCAAGUUGUCUCUAGACUUGAUGAAACCAAAGUCAUCACGUUCGUCAGCAGCGCUUCCAAGAAGUUCCGGAAAUCAAGAUGGAAGUGACGAAAACGAAGAUAUAAAGAUCAUUGGUCGGUUCUUGGAAAAAAUACCAUCUGACGUUAACCCAGAUGGCGUAAAACUCUUGAUGAAGGAUUUCAGAAGACUUCAAAAGAUGCCACCUCAACACUCUGAGUACCAAGUGUUAAGAACUUAUUUUGAUGUUGUCUUAGAUAUCCCAUUUGGCCAAUACGUGAACUUCGAAGAGACAGAUAUUGCUAAAGCAGCACAACAAUUGGACGAUGAUCAUUAUGGUCUUUACCACGUGAAAAAACGUCUUUUGCAAUUUCUCUCUGUAUUGAAGCUACAAGACAGACAGGAAAAGUUGAAAUCAUCUUCAUCUACACCAGAUUCGAAUGAGGGCCAACUAGUGCUGGGACACGAGGAUGAAUCAACUGCACACGAACAACCACAACCACAACUGCUGAAAAAGAGACAUCAAGGUUCGAAGGCACCUAUAUUACUGUUUGUUGGACCACCAGGUGUUGGUAAGACUUCUUUAGCCAAAUCAAUAGCAACCACACUGGGACGCAAAUUCCAAAGAAUAUCACUAGGUGGUGUCCGUGACGAAUCAGAAAUUCGUGGUCAUAGAAGAACCUACGUGGGUUCCAUGCCUGGUGUUAUUGUUAGUGCAUUGCGUAAGGCUGGCUCCAUGAAUCCAGUUAUCCUUCUUGACGAGAUUGACAAAGUGAGUGGUGGAACUAACAGCGGAGGAAGAGUCAGUGGAGAUCCUGCUGCUGCUUUAUUGGAAGUUUUGGACCCUGAACAGAAUGUGAAUUUCACAGAUCACUAUUUGGGAUUCCCAAUUGAUUUGAGUAACGUCUUGUUUUUAUGCACUGCGAAUGAGCUUGCCACUAUAAGUGCACCAUUGAGAGAUAGAACUGAAAUCAUCGAAAUAUCCGGUUAUACUAUGGAAGAGAAGUGUAACAUCGGUGCCAAGUAUUUACUGCCUAAACAGAUCAAAGCCAAUGGAUUGCAUCCGGGCGAUGUUGUUCUAAACGACGAGAUCUGGAAAACCGUUGUUUCUCAAUACGUAAGAGAAGCAGGUGUGAGAAAUUUGGAACGUAAAAUUGGUGCCAUUUGCCGUGGCAAAGCUGUUGAGUAUGUUGAAAAUGAAGCUUCUUAUGAUAACUUUGUUAAGGAGACAGAGCUUGUGAAAUAUUUAGGAUUGCCAUCACAUCCAAUUUUCAAGGAUUUACUCGAUAAACCUAAGUUUUCAGCAAGCUAUGGUGUUGUUAAUGGAUUGAGUUAUAAUUCUGAUGGUUCUGGAGGCGUGUUAGUCUUUGAGGUGAUCUCGAUUCCAACCAAUGCCAAGGAUCAAAGUUCUCCACGUACUGUUCUCACAGGUCGUCUCGGGGAGACCCUCACAGAGUCGAUCAAGAUUGGAAUUUCAUUCAUCAAAUCAAUAAUUGCUCGUAACCUGAUUAGUGGCACAACUUCUGAAACGCUUUCCAACUUCAACAACUCUGAAUUACACCUCCACGUUCCAAUGGGAGGUAUUUCUAAGGAUGGUCCAUCUGCUGGUAUUACUAUCACUUUAGCGCUGUUAUCAGUGGCUCUACAACGUCAAGUUCCUUCUGACAUUGCCAUGACUGGUGAGAUUACUCUUCGUGGUAAAGUCUUACCUAUUGGCGGUGUUUCUGAAAAACUGUUAGGUGCUUCCCAAUACGGUAUUAAGACAGUUUUGGUUCCAAAGUCUAAUCGUCGUGAUGUCAUCGAAGGUUUCUACAACGAUGAUGUGAAGCUUAUGGAAUUGGUCAACAACGAUUCGGACGAGCCCGAAAGGCUUGUCAAGGAUAAAUUAGGAAUUUCAUUGAUAUACGUUGAUACCUUUUGGGAUGUAAUCAAGGCAGUAUGGGGAGAUCAAGUUGUUGAACAGCACUUUGCAAACUUGUAAAUAGAUCACUUCUCUUCAAUGAAAUAUUUCCAAGCACAACUCAUUAUGGUGACAUCUCAGUAGGAAAUAUUUUUGGAUGUGGAUUUUCCUAAUGCCCAUUAGUCUUCAUCAGAUGGUACAAGUGUUCCGUGAGAGCCUGUUACAACUGCUCGACUAGCAGUAUUAACUUUGUUACGAAUGUCCAAAGGAAAUGUGAAGCUACUUUCAGAGAGUAUGUGAGCACUGCUCAUCACUACACCAAGGUCCGUUGUAACACUACUUUCUGUACAGAUUUCACGUGUAUUCAUCGGAAGCAGUGCUGCCUUGGUGACUAUCAGUAACAGCAGGUUUCACACACGACUCAUAACUACAAAAUUUCACUUCAGAUGUAACACGAAUAAGAACCAUCUUCUAAAACAACCUAUAUCUGCAUAUAUCUGAAUAUAUAUUAUGUGGUUGGAUUGAAAACCAGAG